CAGCAUCUCACUAUACACAGUGAAAAGGUUCAGAGCAAUCACAAGACAAAAUAGAUGGGAGACAAAAUACGAUCAAAUGUCUGCGGCACACGAUCGGACAAACUCCAUAAUACAAACUCGGAGUGGUGGGCUGCAUAGGAGGCGAUGCAGUCUGCAACACUGUUUGCCUUCCGAAAUAGAUGGGAGAUUCGGAACAAAUCAAGCUUCUUUACUGUGCGCCAAAUAUUUUGGAGUAGUGGGUGUAAAUCCAACCUUGCCUGCCAGCACUGGAUCCAGUCAACCGCUGUGGCUGAGUCGUCCUCUAAAAAUAUCCGCUGAACAUCCAGAUGUUCUCUAGCACAGAUGAGAUUCUUCCAUGCCGCGUGCAGCUCCGCCACAAGAACGGAUCCACCGAAUGUACGCCGGCCUCUAGCCAUAAUCAAUCUGGAGCCGAUUCAAGUGGAUAUUAGCUUAUGCCUUUGCCAAUGGGUCCGGUAAACUUUCCAUGUGCCCAUACCAUAGCAAACUUCCCAAAACAUUUUUCUCUCUAAGGAAUAUAUCGGAGAAUAUUUUAUUACCUUAAUAAUUGGAGAUUGUAAUCGUAAUGAUCUGUGAAAAGGCGGGACUCGAUUAGCUCGAUCAACGGCUUCCAAGCGGCUACCGAUGGGAUGCGUGAUUGGUUGUUCUUGUUGGUUUCCUGCGAGGAGCUGGUUGUACGAUCUUCUCAGCUAACCGACGUCCGCAAAAUAAUGCAAUAUUUAACCCAUCAAAUUUUCAAAACACAUUUAUCUUUCCAAUAGCAUGCAUGUAAACUCCAUGCAGAAGUUGCCCACUUUGUCUUCAAAAAUGCUUUCCUAGGUAUAUUUUAUCCUUUCAUUUAUGGCAUCAAUCCUAAUCAUCAUCUGCAUUGGGCGUGGGGUAGGAUUGGUUGGUUUUAUAAGAUAAGAAAGAUAUAUCCAACUCCAGAUCAGAAAACUUGAAAUUUCGUUGCUGUCUUCCACUUGGGUCGUUGAACAUGCCACUACUCUGUAGGGUAUAAGAUCAUUAAGUGGAUUCCAUGGAAUUUAUCAAAUCCCUGUUCCCCGGGCCGCCGUCGCUAUAACGCACGGGUACUUCCCAAGUCUUUUACGUUCCUUCUAUAAAUCCACGAUCCUGUAAUCCUCCUCAGCAACCAUCCCCACUUGUUCCACCCGCGCUCUUCAACAACUUUUUAUGUUCCUUUCCUUUCCUUACAAGCAAUCCUGUCCGUCCAUUCCAUCUCAUCAACCCCGCUAACCCCUCCUUUUCCUUGCCCUUUUCUCGGUUCCACUCCAUGCUCCUCCACCUGCUUUCCCCACCUUCCGGAGCCCCUCGGCCUUAAACCCAUGACUCCCCUCUCUCCUCCGCUGCCGUCCUCCGCCUCCGCCGCCACACCCGCCGAGACGCUGGACCUCAUCCUCCACCACCUCCUCCCCGUCCUCGUCGUCGCCGCCCUCUCCGUCAAGUCCUUCGUCGGCCGGUGGCGGCUCCUCCACUCCAAGCUCUCCCUCCUCCAGUCCUCCCUCGCCGACGCCGCCAGCUCGCCCCAUUGGCCGGCCAACCCCCUCUUUGUCGACCUCCUCCCGCCCCUUCUGUCUACUCUCCGCUCCCUUCACUCCCUCUCCGCCCGCUGCCUCGACCCCUCUCUCCCCGCCGGCAAGCUCCUCCUCCAGAGCGACCUCGACAUCGCCGCCUCCGCCCUCUCCCUCCACCUCCACGACCUCGACCUCCUCCUCCGCUCCGGCCUCCUCCAUCACCUCCCCAGCGCCGGCGCCAUCGUCCUCCCCCUCCCCGGCCCCUCUGCGUCCCGCGCCGACCUCGACCUGUUCGUCCGCGACCUCUUCGCCCGCCUCCAGAUCGGCUCCAUCGACCUCAAGAACAAGGCCCUCGACUCCCUCCUCCAGCUCCUCGCCUCCGAUCCCCCCAAGCUCGCCCCUGUCGUCGCCGCCGAGGGCGACCUCCUUUCCCUCGUCCGCCUCCUCGACCCCUCGGCCCACUCACUCAUCCGUGACCAGGCGGCCGCCGCCGUUUCCCUCCUCGCCACCGCCUCGGACGCCUCCCGUCGCGCCGUCUUCGAGGAGGGCGCACUCGGCCCCCUCCUCCGCCUCCUCGACUCCGGCUCCCUCGCCGUCCGCGAGCGCGCCGCCGCCGCGAUCGAGGCCAUCACCACCGAUACCCCCAACGCCUGGGCUGUUUCCGCCUACGGCGGCGUCCCGAUCCUGAUCGCCGCCUGCCGGUCGGGAUCCGGAUCCCCCGCCGUCCAGGCCCUCGCCGCCGGCUCCCUCAAAAACAUCUCCACCAUCGAUGACAUCCGGAGCGCCAUGGCUGAGGAGGGCGCUGUCCCGGCCCUGGUCGAUCUCCUCCUCUCCGGCACCCUCGACGCCCAGAAGAACGCCGCCCUCUGCGUCUGGUCCCUCGCCUCCGCCGGUGGCGAGGAGAUCCGGGCCUCCAUCGUCCGGGAAGGGGGCCUGCAGCGGCUUAUCGAGCUGCUCAUCGAGGCAUCGGAUCCGGAAGCGACAGAGCACGCCCUGAGAGCGAUCGACGCCCUCUCCACCUCCCCCGCCGCCGCCAGAGCCCUUUCCUCCUCGCCGGGAUUCUUUGCCCAACUCACCGAUCUGAUCCGCCGCGGCAGCCCCGCCACCCAGCAGGCGGCGGCGGCGGUUUUCUGCAACCUCUCUCCCGGCGACGACGUCAAGCGGUCCAUGGCAGGGUGCAUGGCUUCGCUCGUCAAGAUGCUGGAGUCCUCGAAGCCGGCGAGCGCUCAGGAGGUGGCCGCCCGGGUGUUGGUGUCGCUGCUGGCCGUCCGAUCGAACCGGAAGGUGCUAUCGAGGGACGAGAAGAGCGUGACGAGGCUGGUCCAGAUGCUGGACCCAAAGAACGUCGAGGUAGGCAAGAAGUUCCCGGUGUCGGUGGUGCUGGCGCUCGCCGGCGGCGGCGGCCGAGGCUCCCGGCGAAGGAUCACGGAGGCCGGCGCCUGCCAGCACCUCCAGAAGCUCGCCGACGCCGAAGUCCCCGGGGCGAAGAAGGCGUUGCAAAAGAUCGCCGGUAGCCGGCUAAAGAGCUUCUUCUCCAUGGCUUGGUGGGAGUGAACAGUGCUACGUCCACAGUAACUAACCCGAUCCGCCGUGGAGGCGCUGAUGGCGGGAAGGCUAACUGUUGGAGAGACGAAGAAAAAUGAUUAAAUUAAUAGAGAACAAGUGGAAUAUGAGAAUGAUAGGAGUUACGAGAAAGCAAAAGAAAAAGGGAGUUUUCGUUGCAAAUAGACUAUAAUUUGGUGUCUUUAGGUACAGUGACAAAAGAGAAGCCUGGAUGCGGAGUUUUAGGAAGUAUCCUUGUGCUAUUUAUUAUUUUAAUUUAUUUUUUUUUUUGGCUAUGUUUGUUUGCCUUGAUUUGAUCCACAAGGACUGGCAGGAGCCAUGUGGGUCUUGUUUACUAUUUCCCCGUGUAUGGCCGGUGUUGCAGAUUUUGGCCAUAGACUUUGUUUUGUAUUUAUCUGGUUGUCUUGCUUUUUUGUGUGCGUUCGAUUGACUCCAAUCUUUGAAUUGUUUAGUCCAUGUAGUCUGUCUUUGUAUAUGAUACUAUAGUUAUUUGUAUAUGCUGCUUUUCUAUUGUCAA